AUGUAUUGUGGAUUAGUUUUGUUGCUUUUGACGGCGGUCCUCUUGGCGGCGGAGGCGGUUAAAAACGACAAAUGUGGCGGUAACAUCCGUAUCUCCAGUGCCAGUUACCUGACGUCGCCGGAUUACCCGCGCUCCUACCCCCCGUCGCAGCGCUGCACAUGGGUCAUCACUGCCCCAGGACCUCACCAACGAAUCCUCAUCAACUUCAACCCUCACUUCGACCUGGAGGACCGCGAGUGCAAGUGA